AUGGCAUGUCGGUUCUGCGAAACGAUCAUUUGCGAGCGUGGCAUGAAGGCACAACUACUGGCGGAUCAGAGUGUGGCACUUUUAUCAACAGACGAUGCCCCUCAAUCCGUACAACUCGUCGGAGAUGAAUACAAGCCUACCAACUGUAUGUGUAAAAUCAAGGAUACUGCCUGCCUUGUUUGUGGCAAUGUGAUUGGUUAUCAUAUCACACAGCCUUGUGAAAAGUGUCUUAAUGCGGACAACAAUGGGCAUCUCUGGCUCUUCCAUCCCGAGUACGUUUUCAGUGCUCCACGUAAGGAUCCGCUGUUGAACAGGACUCUAAAAUGGAACCAACUUCCCGAGCCAGAGGAGGACUACGAGACUCUCAGUCUGCAUAAGGUGUAUCUCGGUGCGCCGGAAGGAAAAUUUGUUAUAGGAGGCAUGGUCCGUCGAGAUUACGACGCCAUUUGCCGAUAA